AGUGAAUUAGGGCGUGAUUCCAACAAUCUUGUCUCRCUAAUCUUUCACGAUCAUGUAUGAAAACAGCCAGUCGUUUUUUAAUGGGUUUGUGUGUACAAACAAAUCAGAGAUCUGUGAAAUGUUUGUCSAUUAGAAUGUGAAGUAUUGGUAUUUGCGUCCUCGUAUGAAGAGUUCAACUAUUUCAUCACUCUUAUCCUUUGAGGAUGUUUACAGUGUUUACGACCUCAGGCCAUAUUCAGCUGUGCUGAGGUGCUCUGAUAACAUUAACGGGUCAGUGAGGCACGUUCUUCUCUUCUUUGCAUGUUGAUGUGUCGACUUAUUGAGCGGUAAUUGCUUGUUUAGCAGCAGUUACGAUAACGGCUUUUAUAAUGAGCUAUAAACGGACAAACCAGCACAUUUCGUAGUAGUCUUAGCAGUAAAGGCGACGUUAGAUUAACUUUCCCGCAAUGAUAUAGCAAGAGCCAAUCAGCAUUCGCCUAGAACCCGUUUUAGCCAAUAAUAGCUUCUAGCCAAAGACUGGCCGCAGACGGCUACAGGCCUACAAAGAUAUUGCACUCUCCUACUUUCAGACAAGAUUGCAAGGUGAUGGCGCGGAAUUGAAUCUCUACAGAACAGCUUACUCCGAAAAUCCUAACUCWACUAAACCUGCACGAGAAAKUUCAACACUGAAGAAAUGSGAAUCAGAWUCUUAAACGCUAACGACAGGAGUUUAAUGCGUACAGUUUUGCUUACAUGGAUAGUCACGGUCAUAUCGAGUAAUACUGGAAACGUUCAAGCCAAAACGCCUAUAUAUAUCGGYGGAUUUUUUCCGUUAAGUCCCAACAAGGCCUCCGUACCGGGGUACGCUUUACUCGCCGCGGCGCGGCUGGCUUUAGAUCAUGUUAGUAAAUCCAGUAUACUAAGAGACUACGAGUUAAAGAUCAUCGUCAAAGACUCUCGGUGUGAUCCAGCWUUCUCUGUUAACAUGUUCAUGGAUCUGAUAACGGACGAGAGGGACACGGCUCUAAUCCUUGGUGCGGCGUGUUCUGACGUCACCAAACUUUUGGCCGAGUUGUCAGCUUACAGAAAUUUGGUCCAGAUUUCCUAUGCAUCCCGCUCYCUUGCUCUUUCUAAUCGGCGRAAAUACCCAACCCUCUUUCGCGCGCUGCCAUCAGAGUCUGCGAGAAACAUGGCGCGAGUGGCGUUUAUYAAGGAGUUUGGGUGGAAAAACAUCGCCUUGCUUUACGAGAACACAGGUUCUGAUUUGGCUUCUCAAUCRAAUAAUCAAGUGAUUGACAAGUUGAAGACUCUAAACUGUACCAUCGUCCUCUCCGAGCAGACGACCGAUAAACAACUCGACAUAAAUAUGAAGAUGUUAGUGAGAAAYGAUGCACGAAUUAUUGUUGGCACGUUCUACGAGAAGAAAGCAAGACAUAUAUUUUGUCAGGCAUAUCGAACAGGUCUGUACGGUGCCCGGUAUGUCUGGCUGUUGAUAGGGACUUACAGCCACCAAUGGUGGACUGUACGAGAUGACGACUUAAAGUGCUCGAAGGAAGAAAUGAGAAAAGCCGUUGCUUACUCGUUUAUAUUCAACAACCAGAUUUUCCUCGGCGAGGACAAACAAGGAAACGCUCAACGAGCUAUUUCUGGUGUUGGAGAAGUGGCGUUUUUUGAUGAUGGCGACCGUUACGAUGGAAUGGUGGAAAUACUACAGUAUAAUCAAGACGGAGAAGAGGUUCCUGUAGGAUACUAUUAUCCCAAACAAGAAAAGCUGCAACUACUUGGAAAAGGCAACGUUUGGCCAGGUGUUCGUAAAAGAGAAUACAUCAAGUUAUCAAGUCCAAACCUUAACAAUGUCAUUAUUCUUGGUUGUAUUAUGGUCUAUUCUACAAUCUUUCUUUACGGACUGGACGGUAGAGUUUCRGAUAAGGGCUACACACUGGCAUGUAGGGCUCGUUUUUGUCUGCUGUCCUURGGAUUCACCAUAGGUUAUGGUGCCAUGUUCUCCAAGACAUGGCGAGUUCACCAGAUUUUUAUUAGUAAUGUCAAGAGAGUCAAAAAGGUUGUUCGUGAUAAAGAACUUUUUAGUCUUCUUGGUGCCAUCGUUUUUGUUGAUUUAUUAUUGUUAAUUCUCUGGAUGUCACUCCAUCCUCCUAGAAGAGAAAUUAUUCAAGUAGAUGGUCCAACKCGGAUUUCAAAAGAUCGUGACUACGAGAUUAUCCUAUGUCGUGAAGAAUGUCGUGGUCCWCAUUCUCUGCCWUGGCUUGUUACUUUUUACUCAUUCCAYAGUCUUUUACUGGUCUUUGGACUUUUCCUGGCCUUUGAGACWCGCAAAGUUUCGGUUCCCGUUUUAAACGACUCCAAGUUUAUUGGGAUCAGUGUUUAUAACGUUGUUUUACUGUGUGCUAUAGGCGUGCCAUUGUCGCACGUAUCGAGUAGCGARCCCGCGGCUGGAUUCACKCUCAUCUGCGCUGUGAUAUUGUUUUGCACGACAGUGACCCUGAGUGUCCUAUUCAUUCCAAAGGUAAUUCAAAUGUGGAAAGAUCCAGAUGGUAAUCCUCUACAAGGUACCAUGUUAUCUACGCGMGGGCAACACGGCGGAAGGGAACACAGCUUGGCCACGGCUACUUGCGAUACCAUGGAAAGACAAACUAAACUGGAGACUGAAGUCAUUGCUUUAAAACGAGAAAAUUACCAGCUCAAGACAAAGCUUACUGAAAUACACACUCAUCCGAAUGGCACUACGUUAGCAAGGAAUAGUUCGUAUCUUAUGGCGCCAAAGCCAACGCAUCUAUCUUUACUUCACAUUUUUAGCAGAAAACAGCGUCAUAGCACUUCAGAAACUGAUCAACAAACUCCGACGUCAAGUCGAAAAAAUUCCGAUUUAUCGCCGACAAUGGUCGGGAGAAAGCUAGAAAAUCGGGAYUUCAAUUCUCUUCGACCGCACAGCAGAGACGAUCUUGACAACUCGUUUUCGAACUGCUCGAGCGCAAUUGAAUCAUCAAAUGAUGAUCACAGCAAUAAAGACAUUCCUUCUUGUUCAAAUUCAGGACAUGUCAUGUUUGAUAUUCCAGAGUGCAUGGACGAUGAUAGCAAAGYCGUCACUAAGACUAGACAGAAUGGAAAGAUCGACAAAUCGUGCACAACUUGCGAUAGUAAUUCCUCCGAYAAGCGACAAAAUGGUUAUGGAUUGAAAGUCUAUUGUGUCAAGACACAAUGCUGAUAUUUUAUAGCAAAAAGUAAAAAGUAUUUCCAUUAAAUGCGCCGUUUAUCGUACUAAAUAUAGGCAUGCAUCACCGUACAGAAGUCAAAGAGAACUUCAAAGCAGCCGCUUGAAUUCCGUCCCGUCUUCAUUGCGGGUUUAGAAAUAUUACCUUAUUCGUAUUAAUUUUCGCGGGCACUUUGAUUUURAGAAAUCUGAACAGACAUAUUUCGCAGACAAUAAUUUUCGCGUYGUUUUGCCAAUUGAUUGUUUUAAAUAUUUAUGCAUUUUUACUGCUGGUGUUUUUUACAAAUCGUAAAAAUUCAUGAUGAAAUUACAGUUAAGACUCGCGAUAAUAAGAACGAAUAAUGUACAUCUUAUUCAAAGUGCAACACUGAGGAAGUACCUAACAAACUUAUAAAUGAUUUUUAAUAAAGGAAUAUACCACAAAAACACACAACUUAUAUAUACACGGUUUUGAUUUUCUCAGGGCCAAACAAGAGAUUUGUUGGCYGACCCCUCAAAUAGUACCACAUAUAAACUGAUUCAAACCGAAAUUGUGAUGUAUCGCGUACAGCAGAUAAAUCRAAAAGGUCUAUUUAAGUGCGUCUCGCGUUAUAUAGCUAUUUCAAAAAAAGUUGUCKGAUAAAAUGGCGAACGUCAUUAAUGGUCGAACGGCGAUURCACGACCAAAAUAGCCAUGGAUUUUGCUAGUUGAUGAGAAAUAACAACUGAUUUGUGCUAUAAGAUAACCUGUGGUUAACACUGGCUCCAUUCAGCCUCCAUUUCUAUGAAAGGUGAAUCCAAUAAGUGUAAUUAACAGUGUAACCAUAGUCCCUUUCGGCCGUGCAAUCUCCCUUCGACAAUCGCUGUUCGCCGUUCUUCACGACAACGUUUUUUGAAAUAGCUGUAUAUUCGYACUAUUCGUAAAACAACUGGUGGCGAUGAAUAAAACAUCAAAAUUAACAAUUUCAAAAAUAUUCAAGAGGCUAGCGGGGGUUUUAGAGUUCGCUGUUUCAGCGUUUCAGCGCCACGAUAAGUUUCAAAUAGUURGGAUUCUUUCUGCAUUACGUAGCGGGGUUAUGUAAAAGUGCAACGUUCGCACUUUUUAGUUGUAGAACAGAUUUCGUAAUGACUGUGCAAAGGCACGGAUCACGUGACACGGCACGGUCACGGAACCUCGCCCAAGAAUACAUCGCCGUCACGACACGCUACAGACACGUCACGAAAAUCCAGUAUUUUUUGCAGUCAUACGAAAUCCCCUAAACUAAUAGUUUUGUCACUAAAAAGACUCGGCAUUGUACAGGAUUUUAUACUAUUAUUGAAUAUUGUAAAUACUUUUAGGGAUUAUUUUAAUAUUGCACUAUAUGACAA